CCAAACAUGCCAGAAUCCAGAUCCGAGCGCCCCAGGACAAGCCAGAAGGGGCGUCAUAACAAAAUAUACCGCACCCCGGCCACCCCGCCCCCGGAGGAUCUGUUAGAGAAGGAGAAAGGUUUUAUUCUGGACUGUAACGCUACCAGCAGUAUUUCAACAGAUUAUUCUAAGACAAAUCCCAAACUGGGACCUGUCAUUCCACCCUACAACUCUCAAAAGGACCCACACGUCGAACCUUACUUUCAGUUCCAGGGAGUUCAGAAGACGCUCGCUCUCACCAAACAGGACCCCCCUGGUUGUUCGAUAGAAGGACCCGUAGCCGAUGACUUCAAUGACAAAGGAACAGGCUUUCAGUAUUUAUCGUUAAGAAAUCAGUUUGGUGGAGGUCAUUCACGAGAACUGGUGGACGGACAUUCGCAGUUCAUGAAAGGAAUUGAACCAGUAAAUGGAUACAAUGGACCGUACGGAUACCGUCGGAAUACCCCUUGGCUCCGGGCCGAACCUUCACCAUUCGGAACAGCAAGUCGGUCGGCUACUCAUUGAUACAACUACCUUAGACUUUUUUCGUCCAAUGAAAUUAUAUAUUGAUUUCCUGCUCAAACACUGGCCAAUGGAAUUUCACGUUACAUUGAUAGAACAGACUGUGAUAACUAAGUUAUUGUUUUCAUUUGACAGACUCCGAUGAUUUGAUAUGAUUAUGUUAAUUUGUCCGAGUGAUAGAUUUUUAUUUGUAUAAGUGUAGAUGGAAUGUUGACAGUUAUAAUUUUUGCGUCUUUCUUUAAUAUUACAUGCCACGCCCCUUUUCUCCAAAUACAUAACUGGCUGCAUGCCAAUGGUGUAUUAAUAUUCAAUAUGUUGUAUUGAGCAAUGUCCUUCUGUACAUUGAUGAAAGUUUUAAUCACACGGAUUUCUUUUAAGAGAAGAUCAUUUUAGCCAAGUACUUUCGGCUAAAAGUUUUAAUCGUUAAGCGGAAUAAUAUUUAUUGUUUUCAAAAUCUCAUUUCACGUCAGAUGAAGUAAAAAAGACAUUUUUUGUUUUACCUUGGAGGUAAAACGAAUCUAUCGGAUUAAAGUAAUUGUUCAACUUUUUAAAUCAAUGAGAUGUUGGACAAUAGAAAAUACCACUCUAGCGCAUGAGGGCUGCAUGAUGCUCUUUGUGUUUGUCCAAUCUAAGCUGUAAAUAGAUAUUGAAUACUACCGACAAUAACCAAAUGUCUCAAAUAUCAUAUAUUCAGUAUUUAUAUCUAUUCUAAAAGAAAAGAAUGUGGACGAAGUGCUUUAUUUCAUAAUAUAUGAGCAUGUAUUAAUGGUAAUAUAGUUACGUACGUUAACGUAAACUGAAAUGUUUAUGUAAAAAAAUAACAAAAACAAUAAAACAAAAAACAAAACAAAAAAUCGUCAAAUAUCUUGUGUACGUUCAUCUAACGUUUGAA